UUCCAACGGUCGACUGUGCUCUACUUUCUAUAAAAAUGGAGUAAAUUUUUUUAUUGUACAAAUAUUCUGCUUCUGCUCAAAAGAACUCUUUUUGUUUUCUUCCAUCUCUUGUGUAAGAUUACCUUUUGUUUUCAUCAAAUCGAAAAGAAAAAUGGUGAAAUAUGAGGAUUUGCGGAAGCAGAGAUUGGAAGAAAACAAGAAAAGAAUGGAAGAACUUAAUCUUCCUCUGCUUACUCAAGCUCUCAAAAAUUCAACUUCCCCCAAAACUACUCCUAUGAAGAAAACAAAACCUCGGAUUGUCGGAACAGAGCUAGUUGCUGUGCGAAGAUCACCUCGUGUAGCUAAAAGCCCUGCUCCUGAAUACAAAGAAGUGAUUCAUUAUGAAAGAGUGAUGAUACCAAGAAGGUUGGCUACACCAACGAAGAGGGAUAGGUUGUUUUUUGCGUAUGCUUCGGACGAAGAAAGAGCUGCUUCGAUAGAGAAAGCUGAGAAACUUGAAGCAAGUCUUGGAUCAGAGUAUCCUAUAUUAGUUAGACCAAUGCUUCCCUCUCAUGUUUCUGGAGGUUUUUGGCUGGGUCUCCCAUCGAAUUUCUGCAGGAAGAACCUUCCAAGAAGAGAUGACACUAUCACCUUAAUAGAUGAAACAGGAGAAGAAUGGCCAACUGUAUACUUGGCUCAAAAAUGUGGACUUAGUGGUGGAUGGAAGAGGUUUUCUGUGGAUCAUGACUUGGCCGAUGGAGAUACAAUCGUGUUUCAUUUGAUUCGUCCAACAAAAUUCAAGGCAUAUAUCAUAAGAGUAAACAAUGCCAACGAGACUGCAAGUACUGAAAUCUCAACCUCAACCUCAACCUCAAGCAGUGAAGCCUUUUGAAAAUCCAGGAGAAGAGAAUGUUGCUGCUACGCGUUAUGUGGCUUCUCUGUCUCAUAUUUUGUCCGACAUGUUUUUAGUAGAUCUAAACAACAACAUUGGAGGUGAUUUUGAUCUAGAAACAAGUCAUUGGUAGAUUAGUACAUAAAAUCCAGGAAUGAUAGUUUUGAUGUUGCAAGUUGAACUUGUCCUCCAAAAAAAUGCCAAUUUUAAGCCUAGUUAUUAUGUUUUCGCAUAUACUUUCUCCAUUGUUUAACAUUGCACAACGGAAAAAGGUCAGAAAUGCUCUUAAUUUUUCAUUAAACACGCGACCUUUAUUUUAAAGGCUAUUUUGGUCCCAUAAAUAUAUUGGUUGGG